GUGGAGGUCGCCUACAAGUGCAGACCAUACGAGUUCCGGUCCAAGGUGGCGUGCGAGAGAGACGUGGUGCAGCUGCAAUGCAACCCCAACGCCAGGAUAGCCGUGUACUCAGCCUCGUACGGCCGCACCGAGUACGAGUCCAUCCAGUGCCCGCAGCCGCAGCGGGUGCCCGAGGAGAGUGAGUAUUGUGGCCAACCGAGGCCAGUUCCACAACCCAUUCAGACAGUUCGUUGCUAAUUUUCCAUCGCAGGU